CCCAAAUUUCUCGGACUACCCAGAGAUUAUUGGAAAAUGUCGAAGAGGGGCAAAAAGAGCGAUGACGAGGCACUGUCCGGAGGCGAAGAGCCACCGAAGAAGGUUUUGAAGUCCGGCAAGGAUUCCGAUGAUCCCGACAGCGUUUUCAUCUGCGAGCUGUCGAAGAAUCGGAAAGUGUCGGUGAGAAAUUGGCAGGGGAAGACCAUGGUUGAUAUUAGGGAGUUCUAUUUGAAAGACGGCAAGGAAGUUCCUGGCAAAAAAGGCAUAUCGUUGCUCAUGGAUCAGUGGAAAAUACUUAGAGACCAUGCGGAUGAAAUUGACAAGCUGAUGGCUGGUGUCGAAACAUAAUCUUGCUAAGGUGUUAAUGUUUUUUUCUUUUUCCGUUCGUCUGAAAUGAAUUCCUAAGUAGAAUGUAAUGAGAGGGCUUGUAUGUAUAUGUAUGUGAACCCUCUUGCUUGACUUUUAUGCUUUUGUUUAAUAUCCGAACGCUAGUGGCUUUUUGGUAAAUCUCUAACUUCCGGUGGAGCGUUUUUUGAUUUGGUUGCUCGGAUUCCCGGAUUGUACCUAGAUUGAACAUCAAGUAUGUUUACUAUGAAAGGUGUUUUCUUUGGAUCGUUUA